UUCUCGGACACCGUAGUUCAUGCAUGGCUAUCUGCGAUCAUGUUGAAGGUGACAGGUAGCACGAUGCCGGGUGUUCAGAGUCUGCUCCCGGUCACUGUGUACGCUGCUGCCGGUGACGGGGAGAGCGGGACGACCACCCCGGUUCACCGGGACCAGCUGUCUUUAUACACGGCUCCUGAGCCGAAGUAUCGGUACGUGGAGCCUGAAGCGGGUCAGCUGGAGGACACUGUCGCCACCCUCAGGAACUUUAUGGAGCCGUAUAAGGACUGGUGUCAGGGAACUUAUGGCCAAAUUAAACCCAAAGUUCAAAGUGUGGUCCGGUUUGGGAAUGACACCUACAGCUUCUUGAAGAACCCACCCCAGGACUUCUACCCCCGGGCGGGAGUCAUAGCCUUCACCGGCGCCCUGGGGCUGUUUCUUGGCAGGAGCUCCAGGGUUAAGAGGCUUAUUUACCCGACGGGCCUGAUGACCGUCAGCACCUCCUUGUACUACCCGGAGCAGGCUGUCGGGAUCGCAAAGUCAACCGGAGACUCCGUGUACGAGCGAGCGGUGCAGACCUACGCUGCAGUGGAGAAGAUGCUGAGGCCUGACAACAAACCUGACAAGGGGAAGGACUGAACUAAACCCUGAGGAUCUCCACAAUGUGACCCAGCGACAAAACAGCAAGAAGAAAUCAGCAGCAUAUCGUGAUAUUGUAGAUUGACGUGUGCUACUUAGAAAAGCAGUGAUUUGUGCGACUUCCUCAUGCCCACUUUUUUUGCACUAUGCUUCACAUGUUAACUCAGGCCGGGCAUGGUCUGUCACAUGGGGUUUGCAACUUGACUGAAUGACUUCUGCCUUUAAUCUGAAUGUAUAUUUAUGUAGAGAAUUAAUUAAAAAAAAAUACAGCUGUCUUACACAAAAAUGAAA